AUGUGGCAAUUUAUGUCCAGCAGUAAGGGUGUGAUGAUAAAUAAUGCGACAGAGGCGAUAGCUCGAGUUAAACGAGGCGGCUACGCCUACAUUCUUGAGUCCACCAUGAACGAGUACUUUACUCAGCGCAACUGUGAUCUCAUUCAAAUUGGAGAUAAUCUCGACUCAAAGGGUUAUGGCAUUGGGUUUCCUCAAGGUCAGCCCAUUGUUUUUAUUUCAUUUGUCAACCUCUAA